GGAAUCCAUAUCUGCCUCCAUCAUCUCUCUUCUGCUCGAUUCUCUCUUGCUCAAGCGCUGUAGCUGCAGCUGUAGCUCCGGGAUAAGCGCGGCAGGGGGAUCAGACACCACAGAGAGGCUGGGAUGGCAGCGGUCUCUUCUUCGUCGACCGGUCAGUCAUCCUACCGGCCAGCACCGUCGAGACGUCAAACCCUGACAGCCCACACAGUACAGCUGCACAGGAGCAAUGGCAAUGGCAGCCAGCCUCGCACUCAUUGGCUCCCUCCUCUGCCUCUGCCCCUGCGUGUCAUGUGUAGCCGUGCACAAAUCUUUUGUUCCCUUGUCUUGCUUGCCCAUCCUAGCUUAGCUGGUAUAGUAGUAGCGCUUGUGUGUAGCGGUAGUAGUAGUCUACUCGUAGGAGUAUACGAUUCGCGAAGAGACCGAGGCGUGGUUCAAAGCAAAGCAGCGUGUCCCUCGGUUUCCUGCCCAGCAAAUCGAGGAGGUGUAUUUGGGAGCCAGCCCACCGCCUAUAAAAUCCUCCUAGCUGCUGCACUCCUACCACCAAAGACCAGAGUAGAGCUUCCUCGACCUCGAGGCAGCUAUAGCCGGCUCCUGUCCUCCUCGAUCCACGCUUCGCCUAGCUUUAAAUAACACACCGAGAGACAGAGAGGCUGCUAGCGCUUCACCACUGUGGCAUUGCGACGCACACCCAACAAUGCUUCAGCAGUACUGCGGCGGCGCCAUGGCGGCGGCGUCCACAAACACCUUCUCGCUCUUCUUCCCCCCGGUGCCGGCCAAAGCAGCAGCUGCAGGACAGCAAUGGCCGCCGACGGAGCAAGCGGCGUCCUACGAGGACCUCAGCAGCACCGUGACGUCUCCUUCCUCGCCGUCCUCCGAUGACUCCUCCGCGGGCUCUCUCCUCGUCGACUGCACGCUCUCCCUCGGCACGCCCUCAUCCCGCGCCCACCGCGCCGCAGAGCCCGUGUCUGCCGCCGCCGAGUCCUGCUAUCAUUACUACCAGCAGCAGCAGCAGAGCAUGCCAGCCGCCGGCACAGGCAUCGGCAUCGGCAUGGGCGGCGUCUGGCACGAGCAGCAGCAGCUGGAGGAGGAGCGGCGCUGCUGCGCCAACUGCGGCACCUCGUCCACGCCGCUCUGGCGCAACGGCCCUCGCGGACCCAAGUCGCUGUGCAACGCGUGCGGCAUCAGGUUCAAGAAGGAGGAGCGGCGCGCGGCGGAGACCAACGGCGCCGGCGCCGGCGGGUGCGGCUUGUUGUCACCAUCGCACGGCGCGCAGCGGAUGAUCAGGGCGCCGCGCGCCGCGCCGGAGGCACCGUUCCUGGAGUGGCGUCUGAACGCCGUGCCUACUUCGCCGGCGGUGUGGCCGGAGCGGGCGAGCCUGUACCAGCAGUAGGAGAAUUAGGUGAGAUCCAUGCUGCAUUGCUGCUGCUGCAACGGUUGUUUUGGGGAUUUUGUGGUACCGUUGCAUUUGCACGCGCGCGAGGGCCGGACGGAAGGAGUACGACUAGUACGAUAUCUGCACCAUCGUCAUUGUGUAGCUCUCUCAGCGUUUAUGUUAUGUGUACGGAUCUGUAUAAUGUAGUACGGCACAAGGUAAUUUACUGCUACUGCUAGCAAUCGUAUUGCCUGCAGUUUCGUGGAAAUUCACUAGCAAUCGUCC